CCUAACGCACAGGGCCACAGCAUAAAGACAUGACACGAGGUAAAGUGGUUGGUAAAAAAAAAAAGAAAGAAAAAAAAACAGCCAGAGGGGAUUUUUUUUUAACCCGCAAACUUUGCGCUACACCAAAGCAUUUGUGCUACAAGCUAGCAGGACUUCCUGUGCUUUUACUCUUAAUCUCUGUUUUUGUGUAAACUAUCUGCCCAGUUUUUAUGUGGUGUCCAAAAUCAUUCCCCUGUCCAGGAGUUCAUUUUCUCUGAAAAUGAGAACGUGGGAAAACUUGGCUUAUGAGUUUAAAAAAAUAUAUAUAUAUCCAUCAUGACCUCAGAUAUAUGACCUAUGACCCUGAGCUUUUACGUGUUAGCCACAGAACAGUUCUGUGGUGUUGAGCGAUAUGAAGCGCCUGUCGAACGCGGCGUGUUGGAGGCGGACUACACGCGUCCCGCACCACUCACCACGCUCUGGGGAGUUUCUUGGACCUUCUCCUCAGGAAUGAUGGAUAGAUUUCCAGCCGCUGGAAAAUGGCCCCAGAAGUCGGCGAGUUUGAAAGACGCCUGAUCCCUCUCAACUGACGAGCCGACCUUCGGACGCACAGGAUCAGCCGUCGCCCCGGUUACAUGGCACCAGCCAGCUGACGCCAUGGCCCAGAUAUCCAGUGGCUACAAGCAGGACCUGUCCCCCUCCCUGGGGGCGGCGGACGGGCCCGAGGGGAUUGUGGGUAAAGAGGAGGCGCUGCGGAUGGAGGCCGAGGCUCUGGCCAGACACCAGCGGAGGAAGAGGCACUCGCUCCCCGCGACGUCGCCCUCGGCGACCGCGGCGCGCCUCCUGGCCCGGGAGCUGCAGGGAGCGGCCUCGCGGUCGGGCCGCCAGCCGGAGGCGGACCUCAUCGUGUUCGCCGAGUCGGAGGGCGAGAGGAGGGGGGCGGACGGGGACGGGGACGGGGGCGGGGGCAGGGACGGGGGCGGGGGCGGGGAGAAGCUGAGCAGCGAGGAGCUGGAGCGCCUCCUGCUGCAGGACUCGGCGGGGAGCGGCUGCGCCUCCCGGCCCUCGGCCCUGCUGGGGUGCAGCCUCAGCGCCUCCUACCCGGGGUCCCAGGCCUUCCACCCCACCCCUCACCAGUGGGGGCCCUGGACCCCCUCCCAUCCGCAGGGCCCCCUCUUCCCCUGUGCGGUCUUCCCCAAACCGCCCCCCUUCCAAAGCGGCUUCCCCGCGCCCGCCCCGCCCUUCGGGGCCUCCUCCUCCGAGCGCGCCUUCUUCCUCAGCCUCCCGACAAGCCCCGCCUUCGUGACCUUUGCCCCCUUGCAGGGCCCCGCCCCCGGUCCCGCCCCCGCUGUUUCCCCGGAGUUGGCUAAGCUCUUCGACCAGAUCGCCAGCACGUCGAAGUUCCUGAAGGACGGGAGGCCCUCCGGGGGCGACCGGGAACGGCUGACCCCGCCUCUGGCCCCGCCCCUUGCCCCGCCCCCGACCAAACCCGCUGCUCCGCCCGCUGCCAGCAGGAUCGAGUGGCUGGACCUGGACCCCCUCAGCAUGGGGAAGGCGGACGCUGAAGAGGCCCCGCCCCCUGAGCCUGAGGAGGCGGGGCCAGCGGGGGACCCCUGGGACGCCGUGCUGCUGGACGAAGGGGACGGGGGAGGGGGCGGCGCCAGCAGUCCCACCCCUCCGGCGAGGCUCCAGCGCCCCGUCCCGUCACGGCCCAGGAGGGCCCCUAGGGGUGUGGGCUUGACCCGGAGCCACUCCCUCAACAUCCACCCAACGUCGUCCCAGCCUGACCAGAGCAGCCAGUGUGACGAGGGAAGUGGGCAGGCUGGAUCUGUGCGGGACGUUGUGCAGGGUGGGGACACUCAAAACCAGGAGACCGUCGCCUUCUGUGAAGAAGUCGCAAGUCUGAGGUCUCGGUUUCCCCAUGACGACCCAGCGACCAACCCGGGGUUCAUCCUGAGCCCCGUCCUCUCUCAGAGGGGGGCGCACAGCGACAGCACAGGGGGGGUGAAGGUGUCCAUCGAGAUCUCCGAAUCCCAGGAGCCCGUCACUUUCACCUGCGACGGUAAGACCCCCCCCCCCCCCCUUACCUGCGACAUUAAGACCCCCCCUCUCACCUGUGACAGCAAGACCCCCUCUUACCUAAGGAGCGGAUUUUGGGCCGUGGCCAGGUUUGGGCCGUGGCCAGGCUGGGACGGUGGGGGUGUGACUGUAUGUCUGGGGUGUGGGGUAUGUGCCUGUAUGACUGGGGUGUGGGGUAUGUGCCUGUAUGACUCUGUGUACCUGUAUGGAUCAGGGUGUUUUCAUGAGUGUGGUUCUCCUCUCAGUCAGCACAGCCUGGGCUGUCAUGAGCACGUGCAGAACUGCAGGAAGUGGGAGACUGAGAUCAAGCUGCAGCUACUGAGCAGGAGCGCGAUCCGCAAGGACCUGGCACGCACGGCUGAGGAUGACUCCUCCCCUAUCGACCUGGAGAAGCACCUGGACCAGGUGGAGAGGCCUUUCAAAGAGACCGUGACCAGGCAGGGCCUGGUCAGCCUGUUGGAGGGCUACCACAAGCAGGUCAACGCCUGCCUGCAGAACGAGGACACGCAGUAUCGCACGGUGGAUCGCGUGAUCCACGCCGCGAAGAGCCUGUGCAGCCUGCUGGACGAGGUGGAGACGCCCGCCAUCACCCCAGCCACGCCCCCGCAGGUGAGUCUGAGCAGGGCUUACCUGUACAGCCACGCCCCCACAGCCACGCCCCCGCAGGUGAGUCUGAGCAGGGCUUACCUGUACAGCCACGCCCCCACAGUGAGAACUCUUUUAUUAUACAUGCUAAUGACAGGGAGCUUUCCUCUCUCUCUCUCUCAGGUUUCCUCACAAUCUUCCGGUGCUUCAACAAAUGGUAACCCCAGCCCUGUGGAGGACGCGCUGGCUGAGCUCACCUCCGCACUGUACCAGCUGGUGAAGCUCUUCCUGCGCACCUUCUGCCCCGUCACUACCCAGCAUGCCGAGCGGGAGCCAGGCGAGGGCGGCGCCAGCAGGGAGGCCUCGGGCACCACGGAGCACCUGCAGUUCACGCUGUUCGCUGUGCACGGCAUCACAAAUGCCUGGGUCAGCAGCUAUGAGAAGUACUACCUGAUGUGUGCCCUCACGCACAACGGAAGGAACCUGUUCAAACCGAUCCAGUCCAAGAAAGUGGGGGCGUACAAGAGCUUCUUCUACCACGUCAAGUGGGAUGAGCUGAUCCAGUUCCCGGUGGCGGUGGCCCUCCUGCCGCUGGAGGCCGUUCUGAGCCUGUCGCUGUACGGGGUCCUGAACCAGAACGCCGGCGGCUCGCCCGACCCCAGCAAGCAGCGCAAACCGCCGGAGCUCCUGGGAAGGGUGGCCACGCCCCUCUUCGACUUCCGAGGGUACGGUUCUGCUGGGUCAGUGUCUGAAUCCCCCCCUUUGAGGGGAGAUAAAAUGACCCCCCCCGCCCGCCCCGCCCCCUCGCAGGUGGAUUUCCCGAGUUCGGCGGUGAACAUCCUGUAUGUGGGCCCCCAGCCCGCCAGCUUACCUGACCCCCAGGCCCUGGAGCCCCUCGAACCCGACCUGGAGAAACGUCUGGAGAAACUGUGCAACAAGGCCUCCACACUUGGGCUGACCCGAGCCGACCGGCUGCUCCUGUGGGACAAGCGGCUGCACUGUCGGGCCUACGUGCGCAGCCUGCCAAAGGUCCUCGCUAGCGCCCCCAGCUGGGACUGGGGCAGCAUGGCGGAGAUCCGCGCCCUCCUCCACCACUGGCCCGCCCUCUUGCCCGUGUCCGCCCUGGAGCUGCUCGAAUCCAAGUUUGCAGACUCGCAGGUGAGGGGCGUGGCUGUGGGCUGGAUCCAGGGCUGCAGUGACGACGAACUGACGGACUACCUGCCUCAGCUGGUGCAGGCACUGAAGUUUGAGUGCCACCUGAAGAAUGCCUUAGUGAUGUUCCUGCUGUCACGAGCGCGAGGGAACAUCAACGUAGCGCAUUCCCUUUACUGGCUGCUCCGGGACGCCAUGCAGGACCCGUGCUAUGGCCCCCGCUAUGAGAGCGUGCUGGGGGCGUUGCUGUGCCUGUGUGGGGCGGGGCUGAGGGCGGAGCUCGAUAAGCAGACGCGGCUGGUGCAGCUGCUGGGGGCGUUGGCUGACAAAGUGCGACAGGCCGGCAGCUCCACGAGACAGGCUGUGCUGCAGGAGGGCUUGGGGGGUGUUCAGUCUUUCUUCCAGAAGCACUCCUGUGGCCUCCCUCUCAGCCCUGGGCUGGUGGUCCGGGACCUCAACGUCAAGGCCUGCUCCUUCUUCAGCUCCAACGCCGUCCCGCUGAAGAUCGCCAUGGUCAACGCUGACCCCCUUGGGGAAGAGGUCAACGUCAUGUUUAAGGUAGGCGAGGACCUGAGGCAGGACAUGCUGGCUGUGCAGAUGGUCCGGAUCAUGGACCGGGUCUGGCUGCAGGAGGGCCUGGACCUGCGCAUCGUCAACUUCAGGUGCAUCUCCACGGGCAAGGACAAAGGCAUGGUGGAGCUGGUGCCAGCCUCUGAGACCCUGCGCAAGAUCCAGGUGGAGUACGGGGUCACGGGGUCGUUUAAGGACAAGCCCCUGGCUGAGUGGUUGAGGAAGUACAACCCCACUGAGGAUGAGUAUGAGAAGGCCUCAGAGAACUUCAUCUACUCGUGCGCAGGCUGCUGCGUGGCCACCUACGUGCUGGGCAUCGGUGACCGCCACAACGACAACAUCAUGCUCCGGUCCAGCGGGCACGUCUUCCACAUCGACUUCGGCAAGUUCCUCGGGCACGCCCAGAUGUUUGGCAGCUUUAAAAGAGACCGCGCCCCCUUCGUGCUGACCUCAGACAUGGCGUACGUCAUCAACGGCGGCGAGAGACCCACCAGCCGCUUCCAGCUGUUCAUAGACCUGUGCUGUCAGGCCUACAACCUGAUCCGCAAACACACAGGCCUCUUCCUCAGCCUGCUCUCCCUGAUGACAUCAUCGGGCUUGCCGGAGCUGGCGGGGCCUCAGGAUCUGAAGUACGUGCACGAUGCCCUCCAGCCCGAGAGCAGUGACGCAGAGGCCACCAUCUUCUUCACGAGGUUGAUCGAGUCCAGUCUCGGCAGCGUCGCCACGAAGUUUAACUUCUUCAUCCACAACCUGGCCCAGAUGCGCUUCUCCGGCCUGGCCUCCAGCGACGAGCCCCUCCUGUCCUUCUCCCCCAGGACCUACACCCUCAAGCAGGACGGCCGCAUCCGCGACGCCUCCAUCUUCACCUUCCAGAAGAGAUACAGCCCCGAGAAGCACUACACGUACGUGGUGAAGAUGCACAGGGAGGGCCAGAGCGAGGCCCAGUUUGUCUCCCGCACUUUCGACGAGUUCCAGGAGCUCCACAGCAAGCUGAGCGUCCUCUUUCCCCUGUGGAAACUUCCUGGAUUUCCAAACAAAAUGGUGCUGGGCAGGACUCACGUUAAGGACGUAGCAGCCAAGAGGAAGGUGGAGCUCAACAACUACAUCCACAACCUGCUGAGGAGCUCCACGGACGUGACCCAGUGUGAUCUGGUGUACACAUUCUUCCAUCCGAUUGGCAAAGAUGACAAAGCCGAAGGGCUUGAGGGCGUGUCCAAACCUCCAGAGGCUCCUCCCAUCAGCCCCACGGCAGGGAGGGUGGAGGGGGAGGUAAAGCUGUCCGUGUCCUACAGGAACAGCACCCUCUUCAUCAUGGUCAUGCACAUUAAGGGCCUGGUAGCGGAUGAUGGAAUGGACCCUAACCCCUACGUUAAAACCUACUUGCUUCCAGACCCCCAGAAAAACUCCAAACGCAAAACGAAGAUCUCCAGGAAGACACGCAACCCCACCUUUAAUGAAAUGCUGGUGUACAGUGGCUACAGCAGGGAGACUCUGGCUCAGCGGGAGCUCCUACUGAGCGUGCUCAGUGCGGAGUCUCUGCGGGAGAACUGCUGUCUCGGGGGCCUGAAGCUCAGCCUGAGGGACUUUGACCUGAGCAAGGAGACGGUCAGGUGGUACAAGCUCACCGCCGUGCCCCUCUUCUGAGCCCCCCCGCGGAAACGGAACCCCCCCCCCCGCACCUCCUCCCAAAAUCACCCCUUCCUGUUCUUAUUUUAAAUGCCUGAUCUUCCCCAGUUCCUCUCUGCUUUUUUAAUAAUCAAGUGAUCUUUUUUUUCCAUAUGAUAUUACAAAAACAAAAAAAUCUAUGUUCUGUAAAUUUGAUAAUAGAGGACCAAAACAACUUGAUCUGAAAGCUAUGGAGGGUAUGUAUUUAUGUCCAUGUAAGUUUAUAUGAAUGUACUGUAUGUAUGUAUGUAUACAUGUGCAUAAGUAUGUGCAUAUGUAUGUGUGUAUGUUUGUGCAUAUGUAUGUGUGUAUGUUUGUCCAUAUGUAUGUGUGUAUGUAUGUGCAUAUGUAUGUGUGUAUGUAUGUGCAUACGUAUGUGUGUAUGUAUGUGCAUACGUAUGUACAUGCAUACAGACUGGUGCAUUUUUAAAGCAUUUCCUUUUUACAUGACAUUUCCACAUAGAUAAAUAGGAAGUUAUGGUGCGAUUUGGAAGGACCACGGGCAGUCUGUGACCCCCGUCACUUGCCAAAAGAACAAAGACUGCAAAACCAAUUCCCUCUGGGUCCAACUGGGUGCCUUAAUUGAGUCCACCACUACCCCCCCACCCCCACCCCCACCCCACUCAGAUGAAACUCUCAUUAAAUCUUUCCAACUGAUCCAGAGUACUGGACUUCCUCAUGCUGGGGAUGAAACCUACUUCCUGAAGUGCACUCCACUUUAUUCAGUGCUCCGGUUUUAUUAUUGUUUUCCCUGAACAUUUAAUUCUUGUAACGGACACCUCCUCUGCCAGGGCCGCAUUUUGCUAAAGGGACACAGAGGCAUCAUGGGAUUGGGAAUGUUUAGAGUGCGGUCAGACGCUGCUUCCACUCAGCUAUGCACGACAGCUGAGGUUGUUAGGGGAAUUAAUUAAUUUACUUGUUUGUGUAUGAAAUAUAAUACGGAAAAGACACACACAAAAUCUGCAAUACUCAUCCUAUGAAGUAGAGAUUUCCUUCAUCCUUUUAAUGACUGUAAAAACUAUACUGAAUUUAUAUAAAUAUUGGCACUUAUUUUAAUCGGUGAUCUUAACCUGAAUGAAUCUAUGCGUACUGUAAACCUAAAGUGAAUUAAAUGGUUUUUAAAAGA